AUGGCUGCGUCCGAUCUAGCCAACGAGAACGUUUCGCUUACCAACUAUAUCUCCUAUCGAGAUACAUGUACUGGGCGGAGCCGCGUCGGACAUUACGACUUCGAUGACAAAACUAUCCAGCCUUUGGCCUUCAUAUCUGGAACUUUACUGAGCGAUCUCUAUCAAGUCGUCGAAGUUGGUGAGCUCAACGUUGUCGCCGCUGGCAAACCACUACCCGCUUCAUCGGUCAAGAUCCUUCCUCCCUUCCCAAGCCGAGACGUCCUUUGCGUAGGCAAGAACUACGCCGAACAUGCGAAGGAGUUCAACAGCUCUGGUUUUGAUAGCUCAGACAAAGUAGAUACUCCUUCGCAUCCUGUGAUCUUCACCAAACGUUACACGUCGAUCAUUGCAGACCGGGAGAAUGUCUACCCUCACCCAGAAUUCACGAAAACCGUUGACUAUGAGGGUGAGAUUGGUGUAGUCAUUGGUAGAGCCGGUUGCCGUAUCUCGGAAGCAGAUGCGAUGAGCCAUGUGUGGGGCUAUACUAUCGUGAACGACAUCACGGCGCGUGAGCGGCAGAGAGACCACAAGCAGUUUUACAUCGGCAAGUCGCCCGAUACGUUCUGCCCAAUGGGUCCAAUCGCUGUACCUGCGUCGAAAUUGGAAAGAAUACUGCGAAUUCAAACGCACAUAAACGGCGAGCUGCGACAAGACGCAACGACGGAAGAUCUGAUCUUCUCAAUUCCGUUUCUGAUCAAGACCAUGUCGGAAGGACAAACACUGAUGCCGGGCGACGUCCUUGCUACGGGUACUCCCGCCGGUGUUGGGAUUGGAAUGAAGCCCCCUGUCUAUCUCAAACCUGGAGACACUAUGGCUGUAUCGGUAACCGGUCUAGGUACUUUGACGAAUUGCAUUGGGAAUUUGGGAGACAACAGUCCUAUCGCGAGUCGCGUGGCGGAUGUUACCCACAUGCAUCGAAAAGAUCCGACCGGGAGCGUGGAUUCCAGACUAUUGGCAAAGGUCCAUGACAAGCCCGUCUAUUACAAGAAUCUGGGAAGUCGCUCAGGCCCUCCGGUCGUUUUUGUGCAUGGACUAGGAGGAAGCUCAGAGUAUUACAGACCACUCAUCCAUUCACUGGAUAUCACCAUGUCGCAUCAGCUAUGGGUAUUUGAUCUUGAGGGCCAUGGCCUAACACCAACAUCGCCACUCAGCAGACUCAGCAUCGAAUCCUUUGCCGCGGACCUGAGUGGCUUGUUCGAAGUAGAAGACAUCCCAUCUAACGCCACUAUCGUGGCGCACUCCAUAGGAUGCUUAGUCGCCGUAAAGUUCGCAUUAGCACAUCCGGAAAAGGUCGGAAAGUUGAUCCUGCUCGGUCCUCCGCUCACACCGCUCGAAGCCACCACUAUUGAUGCGUAUAAGCUAGCCGAUAGGGUGCGUGAAUCUGGAAUCGCAUGUGACAUCGACGAAAGGAUAAACCUGACUACAUCAAAGAAGACUAAGACGUCGAAUCCGCUGGCGAUGGCAGCAAUAAGGAUGCUGCUGCUUGGCCAGGAUCCUGAGGGCUACGCAAAAGCUUUGACAGCGCUUGGUGAUGCACAUGGUCUUGACUUCCCUGCAGUACAAGCAACCACUCUCUUUGUUACCGGAACCGAGGACUACCUCUCUCCGCCACAAUUGUGUGAGAAGUUCAAGGCAGAGAUGAAUGCAAAAGCGAGCCUGCGAGUCUUGGAGAAUGUGGGUCAUUGGCAUGUUUUCGAGGAUCUUGCAGGCGUGGCAGACGUUAUCAGGGACUUUGUCCAAUAG